UGGCAUGAAAAGACCUCAACGCAGGAGAAACGGCACGAACGACAUUUUGAAGUUCUGUUCAUCGCCAACACACAUCACAUCUUCUUCUUUCUCGCUGAGAUCAAGCUCAUCAUCCUCAUUUAUUCUUUGCUGUACAUCGUGGAUCACACAGUAUCAUCCUUGUUAUCAUCAGCAGUGCAGCGCAUUAGUUUGUUACUUAGUUCCACCAUGGUAUCUGACGGCACAAGCAGCAGCAGUCUGCUGCGAACUCCUCCUCGUCCCUCGUUGGCGAAGAAUCGUGGUGGUAGCAGUACAAGCUUCAGCACUCCCUACAUGACUCCUUCCAAGUCCAUGUCAUCAUCGCGCAGAUCCACCACAGCCAGAGGAGCCACCAGUCGACACAAGAGUGCUGUUGCCAAUAAUAUGAUUCCUCGCAUGUCUCCCAUGCCUGGCAAGACGACAGCAGGUACUCCAUCCACAAAGACUCCAUUCUACACGCCACGUCGCAGUCUCUACUCGAGCGGAACUUCCAACACUACCACUACUACUCCAGGCAGUAGUACCAACGAUCGAUUCAUUCCAUCACGACGCAAAAUGAAUAUGGAUCUCUGUCGGAGAACUCUGCUCACGGGAGAAAAGAAGAGACGACGAGAGGAAGAAUCCAGCAAUCCUUCCGAAGACGGAACCAAUCAUAACGACGCAUCGCCAAACAACAACAACAACAACAACAGCAAUAACAGCAACAACAACAACAAUAACAGCAACAAGAAGAAUCCUCAAGAGACUCCGCUCCAAAAGGAAUUCAAACGACGCAUGCUCAGUUCACUCUGCAAUGUUCCACUCGAACACUUGUCGGAAGAUGCACAACCCAGAGGCAUUCUUUCCUUUGGGGCGCCAUCCUCCUCUUCCAUCAAUAGCAUUGUCAGCAACCACUCUUCUCAUGCCAAGACGGAGAAUAACAAUCUGCUUGCUGCUUCUUCGUCCUCUCUAAUGACACGCGAAAAUCCAUUUGCACACGACACACUCCGCAAUGUCCUACAACGACAAGAUUUGAUGGAUCCCGUCGCCAAUCACUAUGCCGUUUCCAAAAAGAUUCAUCGCAAGGUAUCCGCGGCUCCCACUCGCAUACUCGAUGCACCCGAUAUUGUCAAUGACUAUUAUCUACAACUCAUUAGUUGGGGAAAAGACAAUAUAUUGGCUGUCGCGCUGGCGCAAAGUGUAUACCUCUGGAAUGCCACGUCGGGAGACAUUCAACACUUGGUAUCGACGGAAGCACCGGAUGAUUACAUUACGUCUGUCUCGUGGUGUACCAUUCCUGGUCGGACCAAGUAUAUUGCUGUGGGAACCAACGCCAAUGUGGUGGAAAUUUACGAUGCCGAAGUCUUGCGCAAAGUACGAACAUUGGCGGGACAUUCGGGACGCGUCUGUUCGUUGGCGUGGAGUCAUCAGUGGCUUUCGUCGGGUGCCCGGGACUCGCUCAUUUUGCAACAUGAUAUUCGCUGUCAUCACAAUAUCGUGUCGACGUACGAAGGACACGAACAGGAAGUCUGCGGGUUGAAAUGGAAUGAAGAAGGAUCCGUGCUUGCCAGUGGCGGCAAUGAGAAUUACUUGUGUUUGUGGGAUGCCGCCAUGUCGGGACGAUCUUCCUUUUCGCAACGUCGGCAACGAUCGUCGCUCAGCGAAAACAGCAUUGCACCGCGUCUUAUCUUGACACAACACAAGGCUGCCGUCAAGGCGCUCGAUUGGUGUCCGUUUCAUCGCGGAUUGUUGGCCAGUGGAGGAGGAACGGCCGAUCGGACGAUCAAAUUCUGGAACUCGUCCAGUGGUGCCAUGCUCAAUUCCAUUGAUACCGGAUCGCAGGUCUGUUCGGUUCUCUGGUCCAAACAUCAACGCGAGCUCUGCAGUUCUCACGGGUACAGUGAGAAUCAGUUGAUUCUAUGGAAGUAUCCCACCAUGACCAAGGUCAAGGAAUUGACCGGACACACGGAACGCGUAUUGAAUAUGGACAUGAGUCCGGAUGGUGCUUCGGUCGUGUCGGCGGCGGCAGAUGAAACAUUGCGCUUUUGGAAUGUCUUUGGAACGCCCUCGUGUCGUCCUUCCUCGUCGGCACUUUCCAUGAGUGGAGAAUUGUCCUUUGGGAUGCCCACUAUUCGAUAAAUACAAAACAAACAAAACAAGCAAUCAAUCCACAAAUGAAACAUUCAUCGAUUCAUUCAUUCAUAAUAAGUACAUCAUGGUACAGUGCAACUGCCACCAAGGCAGAACUCAUAACAACAAACAAUAUAUUUAAUAAUCAUACUGAGUAAUAGUAGUGUGGACUUUUGUUCAACAAUCUUGCAAACAUCUUUUGCUUCCCUUUCUUCCUCCGCCGCUUGUCCGCCUCGCGUGUUUG